AUGCGCCAUGCAUCUAACUCCAUUCGUCGCAUUAAAGAAGUGACUGAAGUCAUUACCGCAGACAAGGCUGGUACCAAAUUUGCCCACGGUAUUCCACGGGCAUACGUAUCUCAAGGAUUGCGACGAACUCUAUGGUUGUUACUCUUCCUUUUUUGCUUCUGUGCUUUCGGUUAUCAGGCGUACCUUAUUGUUCUCAGAUUUCGCAGAAACGACAUAAUCGUUGGUGUUGAGAUUAAAUUCGAGGAAAUUCGUUUCCCUGCUGUUACUAUAUGCAAUAUAAAUCCAUAUAAAAAUUCUCUAGCACGUCAGGCGGCUUCGAUUAAAAACGCGGUGAGUCCGGUCGCUUAUAUUUCAACUGUUUUAAAUGACAUUCUUAUUUUCCAGGUUAGGGUUCGUCGAGGUAAGAAACGUAUUUAUGAGAAGAUUCUCAGCCAACAUGAAGGCAUUCUAGCAGCAUAUUCGAUGUGUGAAUGCAAUCCAGCUCACGGAUGCUUUUUCAUCAUUUCAGUGCCUUUGAUGAUCGUAUUUCAGUAUGUCACCAAUAAUUCCUCUCCAUGUGUCUGCUUCUACAACAAAAACAAUGACCAGGUAUGGCCGUGCUAUCGCCAAGAAGAAUGGGAGGAACGAAAAUGCUCAAGGUGCAAUUCGUUCGGUGAUUGUCACUUUUCCAUCUCCCAGGAAGGUGCACUUUACGACUGCUUCUGUGCGAUGCCGAUCCGAAUGUGUGUCCGGAUCGAUCCGUCUGAAGGAAACUUCACUGUUUUAACUGAUCGAAUCGUGAGGGUGUGGGAUAUCCUGCCGACGACCACUCCAUCACCAUCUCAGAAGAAGCAGAAAGAUCGUGAGAAGGCAUACGGAUAUACGGGCGUCACAGAUCCGAUUGCGUUGAAAGGAAAAGCAAUGGAGAAUAUCAUUUUCGCUGUGGAUCAACUGACAGAGGCGGAAAAGUGGGCGAUAAGCUAUAAAAAAUCCGAGCUCAUCACCAAGUGCUCAUUCAACGGCAAAGAAUGCAAAGUUGAUGACGAUUUUCAUUCGUAUCUGGAUCCAACGUACGGUGCUUGCUUCACUUACGUAGGAAAUCAAUCAGCAAACCUCGUCAGCGAAAGGUCCGGACCAGCAUAUGGACUUCGCCUCGAACUAUUCGUGAACAUCACCGAGUACCUUCCAACAACGGAGGCAGCUGGUGUACGUCUCACUGUACAUUCGUUUGAAGAACAGCCCUUUCCCGAUACGCUAGGACAUUCUGCUCCCACUGGAUUUGUUAGCAGCUUUGGCAUCAAAAUGAAAUCGAUGUCCCGUCUUCCUCUACCUUACGGAGAUUGCAACGAUCGGGGAAAAGAUGAGGAUUUUAUUUAUGUUGAUAAAAAGUACAACACCGAGGGUUGUCAAAGAAGUUGCAUCCAAAAACAUUUGGCUACUACUUGUGGAUGUGGAGAUCCACGCUACCCACCUUUCCGCUCAACAAAGAACUGUCCUGUCGACGAUCCCAGCAAACGAGAAUGCCUCAAACGCGAAUUUCAAUACGCAAUGCGCCAUUCGAAAAAAAUUGGAUGUAGAUGCAGACAACCAUGCAGCCAGGAUGUCUAUUCGGUGUCUUAUUCCGCUUCUCGUUGGCCAGCCCUUCCUGGCGAUCUGUCCGGAUGUCCUGCAGGAAUGGCAGCUCAUCAUUGUUUGACGUACAAAAGGGAACAAGGCGCCAUGGUUGAAGUGUACUUCGAACAGCUCAACUACGAAUCACUGCUCGAGAGUGAAGCAUACGGGUUGCCGAAUCUGCUGUCAGACUUCGGCGGACAACUCGGCUUAUGGAUGGGCGUUAGUGUUAUAACAAUUAUGGAGGUGUUUAUUCUGGUGUUCGACGUCGUGCUUACUAUCUUUGGCCUGACGAAGAGCAAAAGGAGGACGUUUUCGAUGAGGAGGAGUGUUCGAGCGUCAAAGGGCUACAAUGCGGCAACUACAGCACGCUGA